AUGGGUAAUGGUGCAUGUCACUAAUAAGUUCCUUCUAUAGAUGAAGUAAAUUUAGUAGCUAGAAACUUUAAAUAAUAAUAAUUUGACCCAUGCAAUAGUUAAUGUAUGUUACCUCUAUUGAAUUCAUAAUCUUAAAGUCCAUCUAAACCAACUAUUGAAUCAAAGAACCCAACCAUUGCUAGAUUAGAGGAGGAAGAAUUCGAAAUAUUAAUGACAAAUGAAGAUAAGCCAGAUGAAGAUUUAUCACCUGUCAGAGAAAGUAAAUUCUCAAGAGCUUAAUCUCCUACUAAAGUUAUCAAAUCUAAAAAUCGAUACAAAUAGGAAGAGAAUUACUUUUUGGAAUAAUUGAAAGAAGAUAAAACUAAUUUGGCUAGAAGAAAAUCAACUGAAAAGUAAUUAAGUCCUGUGAAAGUCAUACAUUCAAAUCAUCAAAAGAAGCACAAUACAGCAUUAUUAAUUCAUAGUCCUGAUUAGAGAUCAACUUCACUGAUUAAAAUGAAUAGGUUAUCUUGUUAACUUGAUGAAGCUGUCAUUUUAUCUUUAGAACCUAAAUCAAUUUUGAAAUCUAUUGGAUCUGAAAAAUCAAUAACCAAUUCUCAAAAGAGUAAAACCAAUAGUCAAAAAAGAGUAAGGUUUGGUCUUGUAUAUCGAUAAUAUAAAUGA